AUGGCUCGUGGAGAAGGAACCACGUCAACAAAGACCGAAAAGGGGAGCAUCGCUCCGGAGGCUCAAUCCUUGAAAAAGGAGGAAGCGCCUAAGGAAUCUGCCGAAAUCAAGGUUCCAGAAGCACCCAAACGCACCAGGGUGCCAGAUGCCGUCCAGAGGAAAUUGGCGGCCGAGAAACAGAAGGGCCCGCAGCCCAGCAGACUGGCGCAGGAAUUGCGCAACUACCAGGCCAAAAGGAAGAGGCAUUCGAUGGACAUAUAUGUCCAGAUCACGGGCCUGGACUCAGGAAAGACGCGUGGUGUCAAGGCGCUACUCGACAGUGGCUGCAGUACCUGCUGA